AUGGCACAAAUUUGUGAAACUGUUUUAUCAAAUAGAGGUGGUAUAAAACUUGUUAUCGAUGGUUAUAUAAUGACAAAAGACAAAAAUAGAGAUGAUUUGUAUUAUUGGUGCUGCGAAAAGAGAAAAACUCUUCAUUGUGGUGGUUAUGCUUGUACCAUUUUAAUUAAUGGACAACAUAACUUACGAAAUAAAAAAGAGCAUAACCAUAGCCCCGAUGCUACUAGAAAAGAUAUUAUCACGGCUGUUCAUAAUUUGAAACGAAAGGCUCAUGCGACUAAUGACACGCCUGCACAAAUAAUACAAGUUGAAACCAAUGCUGUUUCUAGUAUAAGUCAAGCAUCGUUGCCGAAUAAUCAUGCUUUACGUCAAAUUAUAAAAAGAGUACGCAGAAAAGAUAUACCUAUCCAACCAACUUCCAUUGACAAUAUAGAUGUACCAUUACCCCUUAGAACUAUUAAUGGACAAAUUUUCCUUGCAAAAGACGCAACCUUUGACAAUGAGAGAAUACUUUUGUUUACAACUAAAUCUAACGUUGAACAUUUGAAAAAAAGUUCAUAUUGGAUCAUGGACGGUACUUUUAAAACUGUUCCGACACUUUUUCGACAAUUAUAUACAAUCCAUGCUUUAGUAGGAACAGGAGAAAAUGCAAAAAUAUUGCCCCUCGUGUAUGCUUUAAUGACUAGUAAAACAGAAGAAUGUUAUACUCGCCUUUUUGAAAAUUUAAAUGAUUUUGCAGCCGAAAAUGAAUUAGAUUUAAACCCUCAAUUUAUUUUAACUGAUUUUGAGCAAGCGGCUAUAAAUGCUUCAAAACGUGAAUAUCCUGACUCUAAUUGUAUAGGUUGUCUUUUUCAUCUAGGGCAAAGUGUAUGGCGUCAAAUUCAAGCAAAUUCUCUUAGUAAAAGAUAUGGAGAAGAUGAAGAAUUUAGUUUGAAACUACGUCAGAUUAUUGCUCUUGCUUUUCUUCCACCCACCGAAAUACCAGGUGCAUUCGAUGAACUGAAAUCUACUAUUCCCGAAGAAGCUUCUGAGAUAGUGCAGUUUUUUGAGAACAAUUAUGUGCAUGGUAGAAUUAGAAGGGUAAUGAGAGGAGGUAAUGUAAGUCGCACAGCUCCUUUAUUUCCACCAAAAUUUUGGUCCGUAUUUGAGCGAAUGGAAUUAGGCAUUCCUAGAACUCAAAAUCGAGUAGAGGGUUGGCACAGACGUUUUGAAACUCUAGUUGGAAAAUGUCAUGUUGGUAUUUACACAAUUAUAGAUGAAAUUAAAAAAGAGCAAAUUCAAACUGAACGGAGAUCCGAAGAUAUAAUUCGUGGAAGGGCACAUACUCCAACUCGCAGAGAAUACGCUGAAAGAGAAAAACGUAUUAGUACAAUUAUAAAUGACAGAGGAAAUCGAUCAAAUUCAUCAUUUCUAAGGGGAAUCGCUCAUAACAUUAAAUUGUAA